CUUUGGCCCUUAGCAGCCCUUAGCAACCAUAUACCGAUCAAAUAUAUUGAUUGAAUAUACUCGAGAAUUUAGGUUUAAUAAUUCUUUUAAUUUAGUUAUUUGAUAGUGAAUCCAGUAAAAUGAUUAAUACAUCAGAAAAUAGACAAAUGCAAGAAGAAACUACUGACAAAUCCGAAGACAUAUCUGAUAUGUCACAAGAUGCUCAACAACGAAAACUAGCAAGAUGUAUUCGUAUUCAAAAAAGAUUAUAUGUUGAAAAUGAACACAAUGACAUGGAAGAUGAAGAAAUUAUUGUUGUUACUGAAACAGAAAAACAAAUUAAUGAAAGUGAUGAAUUGUUAGAAAAAUUAAUCAUCGAAGGUGAAGAAAUUGUUUCAAAUAUUCGAGUUGCUAAUGAUGCACGUGAAAAUCAAAGACGUGAAGAUUUUAUUGCUGUACGUAGUAAUUUACUUGAACGAUUGAAAAAAGAAGCUGAAAUUUCAACAAAAAAAUAUCAAGAAAUUGAAAAACAAUGGUCAUCAAUACUUGAAUUAAAUGAUCCACUUGACAUUUAUAAUGAAAUUGAAUUGCAAAAAAAUGAAAGAUGCACAAAACUAUUGGCCCAAAAAGAUGUUAUUAUUGAUGAAUUAAAAAAAGAAAUUAAAAAUGCUGAUGAAAUUUUUCAACAAGAUCAAAAACAACAGAGUGAUGAAAUUAAUUUGUUGAUUGAAAGAAUUGAUACUCAGAUCAACACAAUUUCUAAAGCAUAUCGUCAAGAACUAAUAUUUAUUGAGGAUACAUUAAAAAAUGAACGAACUAAUAUUUUAAAAAAUAUCACCAAAGAGUGGAAUGAUUUAUUUGAAAAAGGUCGUAAUGAAGAAAUGAAAGGAGUUGAAAAACGUCGUGAAAUAAUGAGUGAUUAUGAAAAACAAAUGGAUAAUGUAUUAACAGAAAAUCAAGAACAAUAUAAAUCUAGAAAAAAAUAUCUUGAAAUUGAAUGUCAAAAUCUUCAACAAGAAGUACAAAAUAUGAAAGUAUUAUGUAUGAUGAAUAUUGAAAAAUUAGAUUACAGUUAUGCUGUAUUAAAACAUCGUGAAGAUGAAAAUAUAAUUGUUAAAAAUCAACAAAAAAAAAGAAUAAAUAAAUUAUAUGAUACAAUGAAUAGUUUAAAAAAAUUACAUUCAGAUAUGAAAAUUAAAACAGAUAUUAAAAUUGAAAAAAUUCAAGAACAAGUAUUAAAAUCACAAAAAAAUAUACAACAAUUAAAAGCUAAAUCAAAUUAUUUUAUAAUUAAUAAUGAUAAACAAUUUAUGCAAAUUUGGGAAAUGAAUAAAAAUAUUGCAAAUGAUUUAGUAGAAGAAAUAUUAAAUGCAGAUAAAAUAAUACAUGAAAAAAUAUUAGCUAUUAAUCCAGAACCUUGUGAAGAAGAUAUUUUUAAAAAUGAUUAUUUUCCAUUAAAUCAUGAGCCAAUAAAAUCUGAAGAAAAAAAUACAGAUAAUUUAGAAAAGUUAUCCAAUUUAAAAAUAAUAUCAUCACAAGAAACAAAAGAUCAAGAUAAAAAAUUAUUGAAUGAUAUGAUUAAAAAAAUAUCUGAUAAAACAAGCUUUUUAGUUGAAGAUAAAACAAAUGAAUUGUUAUUAUCAUAUGGAGAAUUAAAUAAAAUUAUAAUAAAACUUGAUAUUGUUUUUCAAUCAUUAAAUAUAACAUCAAUUGAUCAAAUAAAUUUAUUGAUGGAAUAUUUUCUACCAUAUACAUUUUGUCCAACAUGUGAUGAACUAAUAAAUAAACCCCCAACUCCUGAAAAAUCUGAGGAAUCAAAAAUACUUACAAAGUGUCAUGAAAAUUUACCUGCUCGAACAAAACAAUUGAUUGAUAAUGUCCAAAAAAUAUUACCACAUCAAAUUGAAAAUAAUCAACUUGUUUUGAUGACUGAUAAAAAUAUUGAGCAAGUUAAAAAUAAAGAAUUCAAUUGUUCUAAAGAUCAUGUUCUUGAAAUUGAAACGAAACAUGUCAUAAAAGCUCUGAAGGAAUUUAUUGAAAAAUAUCAUGAAGAUAUAAAACAUGAAAUACCACAAGAUUAUAAAAAACAAAAUACUUCAAAGAAUAUUUCAGAAAAAGAAAUUAAUGAAUAUUGGAAAAAAUAUGAGAAUAUAUUUACAGAUGAAAAAAUAAAACUUUGGGAUGGUUUAGUGGAUGGUUUACAUAUGUAUCGUGGAAUAUUAAAAGAAAGACAAAAAUUAAUUAAUGAAACUGAGUCAUUGUAUGAACAAAAUUUGGAACUUUGUCGUCUUCUUGAUACUUACAAAGAUAAACCAAAAACAUGUGGCAUUAAAAAAGCUCCAACUACAGCAGAUAGUCAAAAAUCAUAAACAACACAAUUGAAAAGAAAAAAAAAAAAAAAGAGAUAAUUAAAA